UUCUGCACACCCCGUUCACGUUGAGUCGAUGAGCGCGGUAAGAAGGGGAGCGCUCACACGGAUCUUUUGCAACCGAGAAAUACACUUUCACCUCGGCGGCAAUCUCCAGCGGGACUCGUUCUGUUCGACGGAGGCACCCGCUCGCGCAUCGGGAUUGGUCACCCGAUCACGCCCGUUAUAAAACCGAGCGACGAGGGUGAACACCUUGCCACAUCCGACAUGAAGGCGCAGCAGCAAUUGGCAUCCGCACUGCUAGCCCUAUUUGUUUGUGUCCAAGGACAGGAGUACUUCCCAUAUGGCGCGGGUCUCAGUGGAAUUCAAACAGGUCAAGUUCCAGCUGCAAAUAUUAUAAGAGCGCCGCCAUUACCAAAUGCCCCUCUCAGCUCCGGCCCAGCACCAAAUCUGAACUUACCUCUUGGACGCUCAUACAAACAACCCGAAGGAGCCUAUGGCAUCGGCUCUGUCGUUCGAAAUGGCCGCGUUUCCAUUCCUCCUGGUGCCACAGUCGCUGCCAAUGGUAAUGGAAGGCUCACCGACGCGCUCGGCCUUGGAAGCCUGUACAUUGAAAGAGGCGCCAACGGUGGCUCCCUGAGAUCUCCCGGUCGGCUUGUUCGCAUACAAAAGAGAUCUGCUGAUGAAAGCCGUGGCGGGCGCUUUUACUACAGUGAAGACGUCAGCACCGCCGCCUCUGAGCUUAGCGGGGCUGGAGUCUUGCCCAGGCAUGACAAACAAGAUUGGCAUGAUCGUACAAGUCUGUACAAACUCGCGAAGGAAGCCCUGAAAAAAAAUCCGCGUAAGGGAAUCUCGUUUAAGAAACCAGAGGGAAGAUAUGGCGUCGGCUCUAUUUUUGAUGGCGUGAACCCACCUUUUCGUAGUGAUACUGAGAAGCACAAGACAUUUGUAGGUAAAGUUGGUCGAAAGUAUUCGGUUGAUGAGCAUGCGCCAAACUCACCAGAAGCUUUGAGAGUUCUUGCGGAUCAUACCAAAGGAGUAUCCUACAAGAAGCCCGAGGGUGGAUACAGCGUCGCUCUGUUGUUCGACAGGGAGAGGGAGACGUUAUUCAAUCCCUUCAUCUAUAGGCGCCACAGGAGGCAAGCCGUUGGCUCUGGCUCGGUCACCGCUGUUGUAGUCGAAUUUGACAAGGACACCGAUGCACCAGCCCCACCACGCUCACCUCCAACCAGCAGUUUCGCUCCUGUCGUAGGAUUCACGGUGCGAGAACCGGAAGGUGGUACUCCCAGCAAGCACAUCCUCAAAAACGUCAUCUUCAGGAAGCGCCCAGGAAGCAUUAAACCGGCGGUUUCCCAGGAUGCGCCACCAACCAAGCCGGUGCUGAGAAUUCCAGACAGCAUCCAACUACCACCAUUCGUUGGCGGGUCUCAAAAGAGUGGCGAGAAGUCACCUGACACUAAGACCGUUGCUGUACACGUACCUUCACAGGAGGACACUCGGCCGAAGCCUACCGUCUCCAAAAAGACUACCUCUACAGCAACUAUCGAGUUUCGACCAACCUUCCCUGUGGGGCACACUAAGCCGGCUCUUCCCCCGCUGCCGAGACCAUCAACUCCCCGCCACUCCAAGACUUCGCACUCCGACACUGACACCAGCUCCCCCAAGAAGGCGCCUUCGAAAUCGACAUCAGAAUCGCACAAAUUGGCUACCACACCUCUGGUUGCUGUGCCGCCUGGACAAGUGGUUUACAAUCGACAGCUCGCUGGAUCAGUGCCCGUGCAACCGGUGCGAAAUGUUGCACUUCAGUCCAGACCUCCCGCCACACCGACGCCGACUUUGAGACCAGCGCCGACGGUGCAACGAGUGCCCACGCAGCCUCAGCUUCACGCAGCACGGCAGCCCGCCCCUCGAGUACACCCGCACAUUCAAGCACAGCCUAACGUAAUCGCUGCAGCACCUGCCCAGUCAACGGUCCAAGUACAGCCGACCGUCGUCGCCGCUCCACCACCUACCGCACCAGUGCCGCAGAUCCAAACGAUCGCAGCGUCCCCUUAUCCGGGGGCAUUGUACCAGCAGUACACCCCUUUGGACCCAAACACGUACCAGGUGGUCCAACCAGCACAGUACCAAACAUUCCAGCACUCGCCCUACACGCUGCCUUACGCUGCUAUUGUCGCUGAUCCCUACAACCAAGCCAGGAUUGUGCGAUCAACUGUUGGAAGGCUGAGGCAACAAGCUUCACCGUAUCACUCAUCUUCGGUCUACGACUUGACUAAAAGGAUUAUCCAGGGAGUACACGCCUGAACGUCCAGAUCUCGAUCCAAAGCAUCAUCGACUGUACAAAAUCAUCAAAGCCCUCAUCCGCUGAAAUAAGCCAUCAUUCAAAGUGAAAUAAGCCAUCAUUCAUCAUUCAAAUCUCAAGCAGCUAGAAAAGGCAAAGUGACAAGAAAUUUCACUGCUUUAUCUCAUUGUCUUCAUUUCUUAAGUUUAUUCGUUUAUUGUACUGAAUAAAUUAUUGUUUAGGUUGCUC